CUGACAAGGGGGCACGACGCAGAGGCUGCAGAUACCCCAGGUUCGCGCCACGCUGGCGUGGACAGGGAGAACAGCGGCCGCGGGGGGGGAUCCGGCUGAGAGUAGCCUCCUCAACGGAGUCAGUGGGAACAGUGUCGGGCGCAGCAGCAGCAGCAGCAACGGCAACAGGCGUAGUCUGUAUGGUGAUGAGGUGUUCGUGGAGGCCUUUCUUGCGGGGUGCAGAGUUGCCAACAGGAGUGGACCACCCAGGAGAGUCGCGCCGAGACUGCAGAGUCGGGAUGGCAUCCUCGGCCACUCGAUGGAUGGUGAAGGAGCGGCGUGACCCUCUGUGCACAUAGCGCUUCCUCCGAAGGAUCCCUUCAGCCUGGCAAAGGUGGAGCACAUCCUCAUCGAUGGAAGUGGUGAAGGAGGCGUGCUGACGAAGUUGCUCUGCGGUAUAACGAAAUCCGCCCAUGUAGCUGUGGAGCUGUAGAUGUGGAGUAGCUAUUCAGGCAGACACAGCACAAAGCCUCGAUCUCCCUAGUCAGACAGGAGCACAUGUCAUGGUCCAACCGGGACUGAAGAGGAGGACUAGCAUAGCAUCGACGACUACAGCAGUGAGUUGGAGAAAUAUGGAUCAAGUUCAAUACAAUUUAUUCAGGAAGAGUAAGCGGGUAAGCUUGCGUGAAGAGGACAUGACGGUCCUCAAGUUGAGCAGGAUCUUUCAGGUCUCCGUUGACAGUCUGUACCUUACAGACGACGCCAAUGUGGCGAUAUUUGCCAGCGAUUCGUCAGGAAUGUUCAGCUCACUGGACCUGUGUCCAAGGGGGCAUUAUGAAGUCCACGGGGAGGACGAUGUCGCCGCCCCAGGAUCAAGUAUGGGGCAACGCUUUGCCUUCUCAAGGCCUCCGACUAGUACAGUGACCAGUGGCUCACUGCUGGGUGCCGCUGCUCUCCCCAGAGCCUCAAACAAAACGUUUCAAAGAUCCGUGUACCUCGCUGAGGCUCUUAGCGGCAAGCUCAGUGCGAGCCGGAUGGUCAUGGUGAGAUUUUCGGAAGCUGAGGCCUCUCCUCAGGGGAUCGCUGCCAAAGUGAAGGAAGCCAUUGGGAGUCCGGAGAAUUUGAUUUUGACGGAUUCUCAGGGGAAUGCUAUUGUGGAAUCGGAGGGAACAACAGGGUCACCUUAUUGGAGACAAAAUGCCAGAAAAGUUCUUGCUGUCCCAGAAAAAGACUUCACAGACCUGCAGGGCACCAAGAGGAGGAGAAUGAGGUUUCCAUCAGAGCCAAGUGGGCCAUUAAUGACCCAGCCGAGCAGAGUUUUCACAGCGCAAGGCCCACUACCUAUGCUGUUGAUCACGCUCCAGGGUUCUAGGGCUCUCGGAGCAUUGACGCCUAUCAGCAACCCAAUGUCAGCAUCAAUAGGGGUGAUGUCAACCUCCUUGAGGGGCGUGAAGAUGUUUGGCCAGCUCCUCCGUACAAAAGGUUGCCGAGCUUCCUGAAUCCAAGAAGGCAUAGGUGUUAAUGCACUUUGUUCCUUUUUCCAGCUUUACCUUGACAGGCACAAUUGAUAAAGCACACUCUCUCUUGCCGGCCCCAGUAUGACAACCAGUUGCCAGAGAGAGAACUGCAUCAGGAUUGAUAGGCUCCUUAUUGCUUUGGAAUUGUAUGUGCAGAACAGUCGGAUGGCUUUUCUUACACACAUUGCAAGACAUCCUCCUUUGGCAAUCUUUACUUAAAUGCCCUCUUUCCAGGCAUCCAAAACACAUUCCCUUAGCCUUCAAAAACUCCACUUUUUCUUUAUUUGGUUUGGCUUGAAAUGUUUCACAAACAUCCAUAAGAUGAUUUUUAGCACAGAACAUGCAAGUCUUUGAGUUCGCAUUUGAAUCACUUUUAUUUGCAGGUUGUUUGUUUGUUUGCAAUUGCACUUUUUUCUGCCCAGGUGUUGACAUUGGUAAAACAGCUGUAGCAAAAUUACUUCCUUUAUUAGAUUUUAAGAAAGUUUUGCUUUGCCUUGAUUCUGUUAUUUUGCUCAGUGGAGUCUGAACUUCUCCAAAGAUUGGAUCCAACAUGACACGAAGCUUGAAUGGCAAUUUUGACACAAGAAUCUUUAAGUUGGUUGGUGUUUCGAGGUCUGAUACAUAAUCCAUCUCUUGCAUUGUAUUAUGACAGCUUUUCAGGAAUAUGACAUAUGACCUCAGACCAGACGCGUCUUCUGCUUUUAUGGCAAGCCAUUUUAGUGCUUUGUCCAGAAAUGCAGAUGCUAUUUUGAUUUCAUUUCCAAAAUGCCAUUCGAGUUGGGAUUUAGCUUCAUUAAACCCCUCUUCUGGUGGCAAAUGAAAACAACUGCGCACUAGAUUCUUUGCUUUUCCGCUGGUGUUUUGUUCCAGAUAGUAAAGCCUUUGCUGCAUGUUUUCAGUUUUAGUUUCAAUCAAUUGUUCAAAGGAUUUGAUGAACGAUUUAAACUCGAGGAUCUCCAUGAAAAAUAGAAAUUUGUCUCUGUGGAAGUUGUGAAAGUGUCAAGUGUCAUUAAAUGGAUGUAUUGUCAAGUGUCAUUUAUGUAUGCAUUGUUCACGCUCAUUUUGCUGGACGGGACUUUUUGAUUCGAUACUGUGCACGAACACGGAUGGACAGGUAUUGUGUUGGCUUGUUGCCACGGACUAAGGUGGGCUGGGACUUUCUAUACCUGUUGCCUAUUGCACCCAUAAUGACUUAAUAGUUAACUGGGUGGACUUCUAAUGGGCGCAGGGCUACGAUAGGUUGUUCUCCCCUUUAUAACAGGCGAUCUAGACUGAUGGGGGACAGAGAUCCGGACGGAGGCACGACACGGAAGCAUGGACGAGAAGCUAGGCGAUCUACAGGCGGCUGGUCUACUCGAUGGCUAAGUACACCCGAAAGGGACGUUUGAGUUUGCAGCGAUACCUUUGUGAUAACUUGCCUAGCUCCAGAUCGUCUGCCUCCCGUGUGUUGAUUUCCUGAUUAUGUUGUAGCUGCCGGCGCUGGACUAGGCCACGGAAUCCACUUAAACACAACGCCAUCAGCAGCUGAUCCCGCGGAGGCCGGGCUGGCGAUGAGGAAAUCCAUACAACGCUCUCAAGUGCUUCGUCAAAGGGAAGUUUUCCUUCUACUGUGUGAUACAAAUAACUUUGCAUGAUUCUCCCACGCCGCUGUGCUGGUCCGAGUGUCUGAGGUGCUGCGUUUGUGUUCCUUGCAGCCGGAAUCCCCUGGGGGCGGAGCCGACGCGUCCACUGCGUCACCACGUCGCUUCGGGGGAAUCCCCAGGUUACUGGAGCCGGCCUGCCAGUGUACGGGAGCCGAUUGAUACGAUUGGCGAGUGUAUGCGUGAGUUCUGCGUAUCGUGACUUGUGUUUACUUCUGUACUGGUCAGAGGGGGGCUGCCCGACCAGUACUGGACCAUUCCUUCAUUCAGCACCGUUGAGCGGGGAGAGGACCUGGCCUCUAGGGGGUUGUAUUGUCAUCCUCCCACCAUUUGACAUUUUGACUGUUAAAGCCUCCUCUUUGGUGUGUGAAUUGUCACUUUUAUGAUUACUGGUUGCUGUGUUGUGCUGUGCUGUGAUUGGAUGAAUUUGUAUUCCCUAUGUGUGGUUUCUAUUGACGUGCAUAUUGUGUGGGUAUUUUAUGAGAUUAGCCUAUAUGCCUUUGAUAAUGAAUUAUUUAAAUGGAGGGCCUAAUAGUGGAAAUAGUGGAAUGUUGGUGGGUGUGUCUGCCCCCUGGUGCCUUUUAACAACUGCCUUCCCCUGUGCUUAACAGUGUUAUAUUUUUAUAUAUAAUUGUCAAUAAAUAUUGUAUUGUA